GUCUUUGGGUAGGUAGCAUGCUGUUUAUACUGUUUCAAAUUCUAUGAAGUUGGCAUGUAUUGGCUCUGAUUGUAUACUUUAGAUUACUGAAAGUCCGAUAAUGUGGAAUGGCUUUCCAGCCUCCUUCGUCUAGACAAGAAAUUCAAAAUAGGAAGAUUUUAGAAGAGCUUCAACAACAUAAAAAGCAGUUAAUGUUAAAACAACAAAGUCAGACAACUCUGGGAACUACUACCACCACUACUACAACACCAUCAACCAUGUCUAUUGAAGCCCAUGCUCUUACAUCAUCUCAGAGAGCAGCUCUUCAGCAUGCACAUGCUAAUUCUGUAGGCUACUUCAUCACACAAGAUUCUUCUUUUGGAAACCUUAUAUUGCCAGUAUUACCACGUCUUGAAAAAUAGAAAUAAAUAAAAAUAUUCAAUA